AUGAAUGCUUUUUUGAAUCGACCGAAAAAGCGAAAUAAUGCUUUGCCGACAUUAAUGGAAAUUCCCUGGGUUGAGAAAUAUCGUCCACGGAAGGUCGAAGAAGUGGCUUUUCAAAAUGAGGUUGUAUCGGUGCUGAAAAAAGUAGUGGAAGGAGCUGAUCUACCAAAUCUGCUAUUUUACGGACCACCAGGUACAGGUAAAACAUCGGCAGCUGUUGCAUUAUGCCGACAACUGUUCCGUAACAUUGACACAUAUCAUGACAGAGUGAUGGAAAUGAACGCAUCCGAUGAACGAGGCAUUAACAUUGUCCGCAAUAAAAUAAAGGAAUUUGCUCGACGAGCUGUUUCAUCACACUUACCAGAUGGAAGUCCUGUUGUGGGAUUAAAAGUGAUUAUCCUGGAUGAAGCAGAUGCAAUGACUUCCCCUGCUCAAGCAGCUUUACGACGAACAAUGGAGAGAGAAUCACGCACCACUCGACUUAAAUGGAUUUGCCAGAAUGAGAAUAUUGAUUUUGAUCCACUGGCGAUUGAUGAAUUAAUCGAGUUAUGUGACGGUGAUAUGCGAAAGAGUAUCACUGCAUUGCAGACAAUAUCAUCAUGUCAUAAAAAAUUAGUUCCUACCAACAUACGACAAUUUCUUGGAGCUUUACCGGAUGAUGUGGUGGAGCAAUUCUUAGCUGCGUGCAGAUCUUCUGAUCAUGAUCAAUUAUAUACAUGUGUAGAAAGUAUCAGACGAGAAGGUUAUGGAGAGUGUGAAAUGCGUAUUCUGGAUGGUGCAAAUGAGUUCCUACAACUGUUGGAUUUUGGGACGGUUGUAAUGGAGCAGUUCAAAGUUUCACUUUAA